GAUAGAGUGAGGGGGCAAUCAUACUACAGGGGCAAUACUGACAUUUAACUUGAUAUGUUUAUAACAACAAUUAUACAAAGCAAAGCAAAGAGUGGUGACGAUCAACCGCGUAGCAAACUGUUAGCAUAACUUCUCUGUUAGCCAGUUAGCUGACGUUAGCCGACCUGUCAGAGCCGCAGCAUGUCGGUGCACUUCGAGGAGAGGAGCGGGGUGGUCCCCUGCCAGACCCCCUGGGGCUCCUGGUACCAGACCAUGGAGGAGGUUUUCAUCGAGGUCAAUGUGCCUAAUGGGACGUCCGGUAAGGAGGUCAAGUGUCAUCUGGGAUCCAGACACAUCGAACUGCAUGUCAAAGGGAAAGAACUCUUCAAGGGAAAGCUGUUUGACACAACCAUGUCUGACGAGGCUACGUGGACACUCGAGGACAAGUGUCUGAUCCGGAUCAUUCUGAUGAAGACCAACAGAGAGGCAGGGAACUGCUGGUCCUCGCUGCUGGAGGGGGAGUACUGUGCGAAUGCCUGGGUCCAGGACCAGAUGCAGAGGAAGCUCACACUGGAGAGGUUCCAGCGGGAGAAUCCUGGAUUUGACUUCAGCGGUGCAGAAAUAUCUGGGAACUUUGCUGGUGGUGGUCCGGACUUCUCCAGUUUACAGAAGUGACCGGUGUCAUGGUGCCAAAGACCUGCAGCGUGCUGGAGAUGUCACCUCUGUCUAAUGAACACUGCUGAGGACUUCCAUUGCAUGAAGACGAACAGAGGAAGGAUCAGAGCUCCUAUGAUGAACAGUCAAAAGGCUUGGCCUUCAGAACUCAAAUACUGGACGUCUACUAGACGGAACUAUUCGACAAAUAUAUAUUUUUCACAGCAGCCCUUUUAUCCGGCUUGUUUGAGUCCGAUUUGGCAAGUUGCCACGCUAAUUAUACAGGCAGAGCAACGGUUGAUGGAAACUGUUGUAUUUGGUUGUAAGAAGCCUGUGUGAUGUGUUGUCUUUAAAUAAUGAGGAGAAUGCACAAGCAAUAGCUUUUCAAUAAAGUUUUAUUGAAAGGUACAAUACA